AUGUCGUAUCGGGAUUUGGCAUUGCGACUGAGUGUUGGUCAGGACUGGAAGAAACACACGUCCAAGCUGCGAGAGGGAGAACGAUGGUCUUGUCUGGAUGCUGGUAUGCUAGCUGCGAUCAAGGGUACAAGCUGGAAAAGUUGGGCCCGUACGAGCAAGGAUGGCAUCCGUGCUAUUAAUGAGUAUCUCAAAAACGAUCCAGUGACAUCUACUUAUCAAGUUAUGUCGGCGACUUUACAGGCAAUCCAAGAUUGCUUCGGCCCUCCCGUACAUACUUGGAUUACACCUAUGCCUUCUCUGACUCGCCCAAGUUCUCAGGAAUCGGUUACCAUGAUUCCCCCAGUAUCCCCAUAUACCCCAACCGGAGAUCAUCGAGACGCGCGAACAAAAAGGCGGCGUCUUUGCCGGGAAUCGGAUGGGGAUCCACGCAAUGGCCAUAGGACGCGCAGUUCCAAGCGUCGCAUUGAAUUCGGACGCCGACGAGAUAGGGAGGAAGGCGUCGGGACCCUCGAAAUCCACUCCUUCCAGCCCAGGGAGCGCACUUCUGCCGACAUACCACCCCAGCAGGAGGGUCCCCUUAAUCCCUCGUGUGGCAUAGAGGUCGCUUCGCAGGAGUCUCGCCCUAUACAGCAAAUCGACAGCACCAGUUUCUUACCGCAAAUGGCGGAGCAAACAGCGGUACAAAGGGGCGGAGUUCAACGUUCCCUUCUGCCGGGAGCAGAGCAGGGCUCCAUAGGUAAUGAAAUAGCAAUCACUCCCCUUCAUUCGCAGGGUUUCUCCGACCGAGAUCUUAUGAAUCAGCAGCCAUUUCCCAACUCUGACCCGUGCUGGACUUUCCCAAACUUUGACUCUGGGUGGACGCAUGAUACCUUGCUAGUUCCGUUUUCCAACUCAGAUCCGAACUUCUUCUAUAGUUAUUGA